AUGGCACUUCUUGCCAUUUCUUCUCACAAGACUUUCAGAAUCAAGCAAUUCCUGGCCAGGAAACAAAAGCAAAACCGUCCUAAUCCUCAGUGGAUCCAGAUGAAAACUGGUAACAAAAUCAGGUACAACUCUAAGAGAAGACACUGGAGGAGAACAAAGCUGGGUCUGUAAGGAUUUAC